AGACACACAACCUUUUUAUUCAAAGGAAUUUUCCUCUCACUGUCGAGCGAUGACCGCCACCGUCACCGCGGUAAACCAAACGCAGAGCCUGGCUGCCAUUCGCAACUUUGUUCGUGCGGCGGUCUCCUUCAUCACCUACGCGCGCGGGUUGUGCAACGACAACGCGUACGCACAACGGCCUUUCCUUGGGCUGCCAUUGCGUCAGCUCAUCCCGUCCACCACGGAGUCGGUUACAAUUUCUGAGUGGAUCGAGCGUGGCGCCUUCGACGCACUCAACCGCAACUACUUGAAGGAAAUGUCGCUCUGCGUGUACGACGAGGAGUGCAGGGAGCUGUUAGAGAGCUACUGCUUUGGCUUCAACUACAGCGCGGAUGGGCAGCGAGCGCAGAUGUCGCUCACCGCAUCGCAGAACGCCGAGGUGCACGCACCAGACUCACAGACUAGCGGUGGCGGCGAACGCAGCGCACGAGGGAAAAGAAACGGAGGUGAGCUGAUGACACCCAUUACCACUGACUCAGCCCCAAUCACUGCGCGGGCCGUCCCCGCAUACCGUCGCCGCCGGUGCAGCAAGCAAGAGGUGCAGCGCAUGCUUUCCCACAUUCUCGAGCGGCUGCUGGACGUGGUUGGCUGUCUGCCGCCUCUUUUGUCGAAGCGAGUGUUGACGAUGCGCCUGACCUAUUAUGACGAGAUCACCCCGCGCGAUUACGAGCCGCCGUGCUUCGCUCCGGCCAGUCGCCGCAUGCUGGACCUCUACCAAGAAGAAGUGAAGCUGCACGUCCACAUCGGUUCGAUGGACACGAGUCAUCACUUCUUUUCUGUGGCCAUACGACACCCGCUACUGCAUCAGGUACAGAGCCAGAGGGCAGACCAGAGAACGUCAGCUACCGGCUCGGUUGGAGAGGGGGAGGGCGCCUCCGCGGGCCAGUCAGCGCCGCUUCGGUCGCACCUGGACAGUACGUUUUCUUCCGAGCCGAUGAUGCAGGAGUCUGCGCCGCGUGGUGUUGAUUGCGACGGAGAGCAACAAAAAGUGACGGUGUCUGAGAGGCGCCGCUCCUUUGUCUCCAGAAAGGCAAGCGAUGCCCGCCAUGGCAGCCUUAGCAGCGAGGAUGGAGGAGCGGCUGCCGGUGGACGCGAGACGUGUGCGGGCGAUGUGGCACGCGACAAUCGGUGUUGCCACAUCGACAGUGUUCGUCAGCUUGUGGAGGAGGCAGCAGCGGUGCCGCCGAAGCGAGUCCUGAAGCACCGAGAACUGAUCUAUCUGUUGCUGGCUUCUUUUGUGUUUGCCCACGCACCAAGCGUUCAUGGUGGGCGCGGUCGCAUCUCCCGAGGCGACGUGGAGGCGUACCGGGUGCAGUCCUGCCCAUUGGAUGUAUCGGAAGACGUUGCAGAGAGGAUGCUUCGACAGUUGUCAAGCGAGGGCUACUUGGUAGCGUGCCAUCAAGGGACAACACAGGAAAACGUACAGAAGUUGCCACGACGAACUCACACGGCGGUCUUUCCGUCCUCCUCAGAAUGGACUGUGCCCGACCCGCCUCUUUCUCUCCUGCAGCGACUCCUGCAAUUAGCCACCCUCACUCCAUUGCUGACGCAUCCGUGUCACGUGGCGCUGCAGGAACUCUGCGUGUACCUGGAAAGGGAGAAGGUCCGAGCAGCAGACUGCACCCCGUUGGAACCCGAGUCGCCAAUGAAGAGGCAAAAGCGCGGGAGGGAGUGA